AUGGGAAUGGGGGGGUUUGUGGUAUCACGGUCUCCUUGCUACUGAGGCUUUCUUUCCUUUGAUCCAGAUGGUGUGGUGGCCCGGUUCUCCCAGUGCCUGGCUGAGUUUCGGACGUGGUUAAGAACCAACUGGUUGAGGUUCAAUGCAGACAAGACGGAUGUGAUGCUGCCAUCUGUUGAAUCUUCAAGUCCAGGAGGUUCAGCAACAUCAGAUGACCAUGAAUUUGAUCCAUCAGCUGACAUGCUGGUUCAUGAUUUUGAUGAUGAACGAACAUUAGAAGAGGAAGAAAUGAUGGAAGGAGAAACAAACUUCAGUUCUGAAAUAGAGGAUCUUGCAAGGGAAGGCGACAUGCCAAUCCAUGAACUUCUCAGCCUUUAUGGUUAUGAUAGUACUGUUCGCCUCCCUGAAGAAGAUGAAGAGGAGGAGGAAGAGGAGGAGGAGGAAGGGGAUGAUGACGAAGAUGCUGAUAAUGAUGAUAACAGUGGCUGUAGUGGGGAAAAUAAAGAAGAAAAUACCAAGGAUUCCUCAGGUCAAGAGGAUGAAACUCAGUCUUCCAAUGAUGAUCCAUCACAGUCUGUUGCAUCUCAGGAUGCUCAAGAAAUAAUUCGCCCACGGCGGUGUAAAUAUUUUGAUACAAAUAGUGAAAUAGAAGAAGAAUCUGAAGAAGAUGAAGAUUAUAUUCCAUCAGAAGACUGGAAAAAGGAGAUUAUGGUGGGCUCCAUGUUUCAAGCAGAGAUUCCAGUUGGCAUUUGUAGAUACAGAGAAAAUGAAAAAGUGUAUGAAAAUGAUGAUCAACUCCUGUGGGACCCUGAAUACUUACCAGAAGAUAAAGUGAUUGUAUUUCUUAAGGAUGCAUCUAGAAGAACAGGUGAUGAGAAAGGAGUAGAAGCAAUCCCCGAAGGAUCUCACAUUAAAGACAACGAACAGGCAUUAUAUGAAUUGGUUAAGUGCAAUUUUGAUACAGAAGAAGCAUUGAGAAGAUUAAGAUUUAAUGUCAAAGCAGCUAGAGAGGAGUUGUCUGUUUGGACAGAGGAAGAAUGUAGAAAUUUUGAACAAGGAUUGAAGGCCUAUGGAAAGGACUUUCAUUUGAUUCAGGCUAAUAAAGUUCGAACAAGAUCGGUUGGCGAAUGCGUAGCAUUCUAUUAUAUGUGGAAGAAAUCUGAACGUUAUGAUUUCUUUGCUCAGCAAACACGAUUUGGAAAAAAGAAAUACAAUCUCCAUCCUGGCGUCACGGAUUACAUGGAUCGCCUUCUUGAUGAAAGUGAAAGCGCCGCCUCCAGCCGGGCACCUUCCCCUCCACCAACGGCCUCAAACAGCAGUAACAGCCAGUCAGAGAAGGAAGAUGGCGCCCUGGGCAAUAGCAACCAGAAUGGGGUGUCAUCUAAUGGACCAAGUGAAAUGCUAAGCAAAGAGGAAGUAAAGGUCGAAGGGUUCCACAUCAAUGGACCUACAGGUGCAAGUAAGAAGCCUCUUCACGCAGACAUGGAUACUAAUGGUUAUGAAACAGAUAAUCUGGCCACGGACCCUAAACUUGCCCACGUGACUGCAAGAAGCGACAAUGAUUUUGAUGAAAAAUGUGAGAGACCUACCAAAAGGCGAAGGGUGAACAGCAAUGGAAAAGAAAGUCCCGGGUCUUCUGAGUUUUUCCAAGAAGUAAUCUCACAUGGAAAAUUUGAAGAGCUUGAAAACUCAGAUGACUAAGCUUUAGACUUAGCUUUCUUUGAAGUAAAUUCUGGUGUGACUAAAAUUUUCAGGGUUGAUGGGUUACCUUAAAGAGUUGAUUUCCUUGAAACACUUAAAUUUUGAAUUGAGUCCUAACUUAAUAGAGUUCAUAAUUCUGCCUUUUGCAGACUUUGUACCUCAAAGCUAUUAAGACCCUUUUAAAGAUAUUAUAACAGCUAGUUUAAUGAAUUUGGAUGGAAGCAUAAGCUGUACUUUUCUCAAUUGGCAUAUUAAUCCUAAAAUAUCACAGCAAAGUACUUUUUUUGCUUAGUUUGAUAGAGAAAAACCAAGGUCAAUUUUCUUCUGAAUUUCUUGAAAUGUCUUUUAAUAAGACAGUUUCUCUCCAUGAAAAUUGAGUAUGAUUAUUAAGGAAACCCUUAUGAAUCCUGAAAGUUAUGCUAGCAUGAUUUUUUAUAUAUAGAAGUUUAAAAAUAAACCAAGUCAGGUUUGUAUAUGUAAAAUUGUUGACAUCAAUGAUGUCUUUCCAUAUUCUUAUCUGGGCUUAAGAAAUACAUUCUGUAUUUUUCCAGAUUCUUUGUAGCCUUUGAAAGAUUUUUACAGUACAUAUGUCUUGACUGAACUGUCCUUUCUUAAAACAAAAGCUUGUAUAAUUUUCUUAACUUGUACAGUUGGUAAACUUUUAUGAGAGGAAUUCAUAUCCUGAGUCUGUCAGCUUUCAUUUUAUUUUGCUAAGGUUUUUCUAAUGAAUUUUUAAGUGUUUGUGUCAUGUUUCUUAUUCAGCUGGUAAAAGCAUUCAUAAAGGAUUGUGAAAAUUUGUUUUUUUUUGUUUUCCAAGUUUCUACCUAAGAAUACAUAGUUUAAGGAUUCUGAAAUUAAGCAUGUUGUCUAGAUUGCAUCGUUUGUUUUGCAUUUGCUAUAAUUUUCAGAAUUAUUUUUUGAAGCAAGAGUUUACUGGUUGCUUAAGUGCUUAACUGUAUCAUGCUGACCAGAAUUCUGUUCAGUUAUUUUUAUAUGUACUAUAAAAGUUCCAUUUAUGCAUUAAAUAAGCGAAAAAAAAGUCAAGUGAUAUCAGAUACUAGCACAAAGUAUCUAAUAUCUAAUAGAGUUGUCAGACAGCAAUACUGAUAUUGUGAGU